ACAUUUAGUUUCGUUAUACUUAAUUUAUUAAUAUAAUUAACACAGUACAUUCUAGUAGAAAUAGGCCCUGUGCACGUGCAGUUAAUACAGGGAACAAUGUUGAAAGCACUAGUGUUGAUAUGUUGGAUCUGCAUCCUAGGAUCUGCUAGCGGUACAGAUAUUCCCAAUGAAGUAACUGUAACAAGUGCCAAACACUCAAAAACAAAAAACCGUGACGAAUCCCAGUUCUCUGCUACAUUCGCUGUAGACUCAGACAUGGUCACAAAGUCCUGGACACUACCUGGAAGUGACGGUGAAGCCUGGUUGAAGUUCAAACUGGAGCAAGUUCAUUGCGUUCGACAGAUAGUGAGGUACUGGAAGACAGGUGGUGUUGCUAACACGUGGACAUGUACUGAUAGCAGUUGUACGUGUGAGGGUAAUGCAGAGAGUUGUGGGUUCUUCACCCUUGUUAUCAGUGUUGAGGGGGAAGUGCCGGGGUAUCUGCCGCCUUCUGAGGAAUGCAAAUACGGGGACAGUGUUAUGAUUCAGAGGACAGGAGCUGGAUUUAGUAUCCACCAUCUUUCAGUCGCAGAGAUGAUAGUUGCUGUUCCUGAUCUGAGUAUUGUGAAAAAACCGGAAAGUGUAUCAACAGUGGUGGGAAGUACUGUGACUCUUGUUUGUGAGUUUAACAGACCUGCUGAAACUUACGGCUGGCGGUACAGAACAACAAGCAACAAACAAGCCCGCGUCAACGAAGUCGCGAAGUUAGCAUCAGGGAAAUGGGAACAGCGGGACAGUGGACACCUUGUUAUAUCUGGGGUAGAUAAAUACGAUUCCGGCAAAUACACCUGCUUUGGAAGAGAUGGAACUAAAAAUGUAUUCGCUCCUGCUGAAGUUACUGUCAACUAUUUUGAUACGAGCGAGCAACAGGCCCAGAAUCAACCCAAAUAGUAGUCGGGGAAGCCGUGACAUUGUCAUGUGGUAUACCUGCCAGCUU